AUGGAGAUCCUUGACCUCAACAACUCUACCUUUCUUGUUAACUUUAGUGAGGAGAAAGACUACCUCAAUGCACUUACUGGCGGGCCUUGGGUGAUCUUGGAUCAUCGGUCGGUGGUAGCUUGGGUCCAGCUACCAGAGCUUCCGAUCCAUUUCUAUCAUAGGGAAGUGCUCUUCGCGUUGGGAAAUUUGUUGGGAAGAACGGUGAAACUCGAUUACCACACGGAGCACAUGGAGCGAGGAAAAUUUGCUCGGAUUGCCGUCGAGCUGGACAUGAACAAGCCCUUAAAAACUCACAUUCGGCUCGAUAGAUUAUGGCAACAGGUGGUGUAUGAGAUUCUCCCGAAAAUUUGCUUCGAAUGCGGCCACAUCGGACACACUGAAUCGACUUCCCCCAGAUUGCACCGGCCGCCGCCGACUGAGCCACAAAUUCAAACGACCAACCAGGGUCCGGCGCCGGAAAACUCGUCGGCAGAACCGCCGGCAGGUUACGGUCCAUGGAUGCAGGUGGUGAGGAAAACGCGCAAGCAAACAAGGAAAGCCCAGAUCAAUCAAGGCGCCUCUCAAGGCAAUCCAACGGGCAAAAGCGGAGGUCAAGGAAAAUUAUUUCCUAAAACGGGGAAGAAUGAGCUAAGCGGGGACAACAAUAUUGUGGAAGCUAAGAAAAAGAAAGGAAAGUCGGAACAGAAAGGGGAGCUGAAGAAAGGAAGGGGUAUUUCACAUAAGGGGAAGGAGAGGAGGUCGUAG